GAAAUUUAGAGGAAACGUUUGUCAGGUUAUAAGUGUUUACACACGGGAAAUGGUGAUGAAGUAUCGUUUUCCACAUUAAAAUUGUUGUAUAAUUUCUCGACAAAAUGACGAAAUUCGAUUUUAUAAUGUUUAUUGCAUGUGAUUUGCAAAUGAUGUUGGACAGUUCUGGACAAAGAGCAUGCAACGACGAUAGAUUUGUGAUUGACAAUUCCAGUGGACAGGAAAUUUCCAAUAAUAACAUUCUUAUAGAUUUUGGCAUCAUUGAAACUCAGUGUGACUGUAAGGUCAGUUUCAAUUUCUCUGGUGAGUAUUUCUACAGUUUGGCAGCAAAUCCCGGAUAUGAUGGCUGUGGGACAGCGAUAGAAAUAUCAGUUGAUAGCAAUACAACCUUUAGAUUACCUUGUUCAUUCAAGCAACCAAGCACUGUAUUUGGUACAUCUGACGAAACCAGCGAUACUGUGAAGUUGAUACCUUCCGUCAAUCAGAACAUCAAAGGAAACAGUGGUUACUGUGUACGCAUUGCAAGUAACAAAAUAUCAAAUUACUUCCAUGCCUACUGUGGCACGUUAGAAACAGAGUGGUCAACGACUGCAGGUUACCAGCCGAUCAGCACUGAUGCAGUGUUGCAAAGAAAUACAUCUGGCUCCAGAGUCGAUAAGACGAGCUCACUACAGUGGAUAGUAAUUGGUGCAGCGUCCUGUGGAAGUGCGGCUAUAUUCGCAGUAUUUACAGUGAUUAUAGUGUGGAUCCAUAAAAGACACAAGAAGGAUGUUCCUUAUACGAAAAAGACAUUAUCAAGUCAACAAGCAGUUGGAAAGGAGAAGAGAGUUGAAAGUGGUCUUAAGGACAACCCGUUGUAUCAAUCAGCUGAUAGAGAUUCGUACAUGCGUAGUCAGAACCCAACUUGUCCAUCGAUCUGCAAUAGUCUUGGUUUGAUAGAGAACACUUUAUAUCAGUCUGCAGAUGAUGAUGUACAGGGUAGAGAGGAGAGUUUUAAGAACAUGGACAGCGACAAUAUAUCUGAUCUCCCAAUGUAUUCAGAAAUAAACCAUAGCCAUAAAUAAACAAGGAGGAUAAGGAACAGUCUAACUCCGAUUAUCUCAAAUAUAGCUGCAGAAUUUAGAGUAAGGUCAUUAGACUAGCUGUGAUAUACAUUAGAGUACUAGAGUAUGCGCCAUGAAUAAGGCUUCAGGAGGGAGACUAUUUUGCGCAUUGAUGCGUGUCCAAGAUGGAGUCAAAAUUCAAACUUUAGUUCAAACAUACAUCAUUGAUACAUUAAUGUAUAUCAAAUUUUUAGAAAAGUUUCAUAAUGGAACUAAUUCACCCCCCCCCCCCCUUAUACAUACAGUGAACAUAGACCUUCACCUGGGGGACAUUUCAGUUAGUUAAUGCAAUAUACAUGUACAUGUAUUCUCAGUUAUCCAAUAGUGAGUUUUUGGUUCAUUGUGAAACUACAAUUAGAAAUCUUAAACAUAUGAAAUACACACCUAUCUGUGAGAGCAAGAUGACUCAGAUGAACUUACAUGUAGUGAUCCAUGGGCAGUCCAUGGGUCUCUUUCCAUUGAUAUUAAUUAUUUAUUGAAAUAUGAAAUGGUUAUUUAAACAUAUUUGGUGUAUUAUACUGUAUAGUGAUAUAAAUUUCUAUCAAAAAUAUGUAUAGGUAAUAAAUUUGGUCCAGUUAUUACAAGAAAUUGUAUGAAAAAUAACUAAAUAUUUAGGCAAUCAUUGUGAGUGCGAAAAGGUCAACUGCAAUAGCACACACUAUAUAUCAUUCUUAAAUGGCUCAUAAAAACUUCUAGUAUUGUGAGUUUGAAUGCUCCAUAUUGUAAUUUGGGAAUGCUUAAUCAUUUAAGGUCAAUAGUUUAUCUCUGCUGACUGUAUCUCUUAAAAUUCAUUUCUAGAAGGGGGGGGGGGGGGGUAGGGUUACAAAAUCUGACAUAGUUUCAGAUUAAACCUCAUUUGGUAUAUUUUUUUAUAUUCAAUAUUUUAGAUACUACUUGACUUAUUGUAAAAAUGAAAUAAAAUCAAAAAUUUUAUGAGCAGAAUUUUGUUGUUGUCAAAAAAUGUAUGCCUGAUAGUAUUUGAGAAACGCCAUAUUUAGGGUAAAUUUGGACAAUUGCCAAGUCGAAUCAUCCCAAUGUCUUCCUUAGAUGCAUUUUGAAUUUCUAAUCAAUGUUGACAUUUUAUCUGUUUGUGUUUGAUUUACAUAACUAUAUAUGAUAAACAAUAUUUCUGGUGUCAAUAAAAUUUUUAUUGGC